AUGUAUACCUCCUCCGCGCUGCAUGCAUCUGUGUUGGGGCACUUGUGCGAAUUAACAGCUCAACUGCCCAACUUGGUGGUGGGCCUUUUGACGAGGGCCUCCGUGCUGGGGGCCCUGCGGGCUGGGAUAAGUGCAGCGGAGAUUGUGGGGUUUCUGGAGGCGUGUGCGCACCCUGCGGCGCGGGAUCGGGAUCGGGAUCGGGAUCGAUCCCGAUCCCGAUCCCGAUCCCGGGCCGUCCCCGAAAACGUCGCCAUUCAACUCCGCAUGUGGGAACAAGAACGGAGACGAGUCUCCUUGUCUCCUGCUGUUGUCUUCAAGGGCUGGGAGCAGCAGCUGCUGCCGGACUUGUUUCAAAAAGCAGCAAAGUGGGCAGCAGCAAGGGGCUCCGUGCUGCACUUCACCCCCUGGCCAACAGACCCCACAAGUCCCCAGUUUCUCCAGUGGCUAAAAGGAGACAAAUUCCUCGCAGUCAAGCUCGAGCACAAGCCCGAAGUCGUCAACAAAAUCCGCGAACUCCGCCAGCAGCUCCUGGCCCAGCGCGCGCAGCAGCACGCCCAGUGA